AUGUCUGCAAAAAACCAGGCAGAGUUCGAAAAGCUGUUAUAUAGUUUAUUAGAAAAGAAGCCGCCUGGAACAAGUGCGUCGAGGAUAAAAGAAUUAACAAAGAUCGCACUCAAUAGCCCAAAGGAAUACAAACAAAUCGCUCAUUGUGUGCAGAAAUUCAUUCAUCGCUGUGCAUCAGAAUACAAACUCGGUGGUUUAUACGUCCUCGAUUCGAUAACUCAGGCAGCACACCGACAGAAAACCGACAAUGGGGAUGUACCCACAUGGACGGUAGAGUAUUUGGACAGGUUUGAAAAAGGACUGGAAGACCUGUUUGCUGAUAUUAUGCAAUGUCCUGAAAGAGACAAGGAAAGGGUUAAAAAAGUUCUUGAUAUCUGGAUCAAACGACAUGGAAUUUAUGAAGAUAACCUUUUACAAAGAAUAAAAACUCGUUAUUUUCCCGAAGGUGACAUCAUCGAUGGUGUUAAUGCGCGAGAUCCAAGAUUAAGAAGUGGAAAUGAUGGGAGUACCAUGCUUGGUGCGAAUUCUGGUGCUAAUUCACAGGCUCAACUAAACGGUACUUCGUCUCAAGCACUCGACCAAUCCACCCUCCUCCGAACAUUAACCACGCUAAACUCACUUACGCAAGGCAACCUAAAGAUUCCUUCACUAUUAACUGAUUCUAUCUCCUCCCUCCAGAGUAGUCCAAAUAACAUAGGCACAGGGACAAACGCUGGGCAAGGAUUUAUAGGAGUUAACGGACAUUUAACGCAAGAAGCAAUGCAAGGUGUUUUGCCAGUAUUGCAGGGAACAUUACCACAGCCACCACCGUCGCAAACACAUCCACAAAUGGCAAACACGGCGCAGGGUCAUCAGAUUAACGGUAACCAGAAUCGACAUUGCGAACUAUGA